UUUCGUUACCCGGAAGGGAAACAAAGUAUGUACACAAAUGAGAGAGUUUGGUAGUACAGAAAUGAUCGGAUACAUGUUGUCAUUUUUAGUUAACAGCUAGUGUUUUGUAUUAGUUUAUUUUUAUUCUGUGUAGGUAACCACUAUUUAAGAUGGAAGAAGAUAGGAACCGAAAGAGAGCUCAUUCAGAAGAGAAAGAGCUGGAUGUAGAAGUGUCUGAUGAUGAUGAUGAGGACUAUGUUCCUUACAUCCCCAUCAAGCUACGGAAACAGCAGUUGGUACAGAAGCUGCUACAUCUACGUGGAAAGGGAGUCACAGAAGAGGAGCAGAGAGACAGUGGUAGUGAACACCGUGAUGAUGAAGAUGACCUGGCUUUGGGACCCAGAUCCAAUGUUAGUCUUCUGGAUCAGCACCAGCAUCUUAAAGAAAAAGCAGAAGCCCGCAAAGAAUCUGCCAAAGAAAAACAACUGAAGGAAGAGGAGAAGAUUCUUGAAAGUGUUGCGGAGGGCAGAGCUCUGAUGUCUGUCAAAGAGAUGGCAAAAGGGAUCACAUAUGAUGACCCCAUAAAGACCAGCUGGAAGCCUCCUCAGUACAUAUUGAACAUGGAUGAGGUACGUCAUGAGCGUGUGCGAAAGAAGUACCACAUCUUGGUAGAAGGUGAAGGAAUCCCUCCUCCCAUCAAGCACUUUAAAGAGAUGAAAUUCCCUGCAGCAAUUCUGAGAGGGUUGAAGAAAAAAGGGAUCCAACAUCCAACACCAAUUCAGAUACAGGGGAUCCCGACUAUUUUGUCUGGUAGAGACAUGAUUGGGAUUGCAUUCACAGGCUCAGGAAAGACCCUAGUAUUCACACUGCCUGUCAUCAUGUUUUGCCUGGAGCAAGAAAAGAGGCUUCCGUUUAAUAAGAGGGAAGGCCCCUAUGGACUAAUAAUCUGCCCUUCUGGGUGUACAUACAAUGGUAGCUACUCCUGGACGUCUGAUGGAUCUGCUGCAGAAGAAGAUGGUGAGCUUAGAUGUGUGCCGAUAUCUAGCUCUGGAUGAGGCAGACAGGAUGAUUGACAUGGGCUUUGAGGAAGACAUCCGUACUAUCUUUUCAUAUUUCAAGGGCCAGAGGCAAACUUUGCUUUUCAGUGCGACUAUGCCAAAGAAGAUACAGAAUUUUGCCAAAAGUGCUCUGGUGAAACCCAUCACAAUAAAUGUAGGUCGUGCUGGUGCUGCCAGUUUGGAUGUCAUACAGGAAGUGGAGUAUGUAAAAGAGGAAGCCAAAAUGGUCUACCUGCUAGAGUGUUUGCAAAAAACCCCUCCUCCUGUCCUAAUAUUUGCUGAGAAGAAGGCAGAUGUUGAUGCCAUUCAUGAAUACCUGCUGCUGAAGGGUGUUGAGGCAGUGGCUAUCCAUGGAGGAAAAGACCAAGAAGAAAGAACAAAAGCCAUUGAAGCCUUUCGGGAAGGCAAGAAAGAUGUCCUGGUAGCUACAGAUGUGGCCUCCAAAGGUUUGGACUUUCUUGCUAUCCAGCAUGUCAUUAACUAUGACAUGCCAGAAGAAAUUGAAAAUUACGUUCACAGAAUUGGACGUACUGGCCGCUCAGGGAAGACUGGCAUUGCAACUACUUUCAUCAACAAAGCUUGUGAUGAGUCUGUGUUGAUGGAUCUGAAAGCUUUGUUACUAGAAGCCAAACAGAAGGUCCCUCCUGUACUACAGGUCCUACAGACUGGGGAUGAGUCCAUGCUUGAAAUUGGAGGGGAGAGAGGCUGUGCUUUCUGUGGUGGUUUGGGUCAUCGUAUCACAGACUGUCCCAAACUGGAGGCCAUGCAAACAAAGCAGGUCAGCAACAUCGGACGGAAGGACUACUUGGCUCACAGCUCCAUGGACUUCUAGAUAAGUUGCAGGGCCUGAGGCUUGGGAAUGGUCCUUUACUCAGAGAUUUGGAGAACUUGAGUUCAGCCACUGGCAACAGUGUUUUGCUGGAUGAAUGGUUGUUACUGAAACAGCACUCAUCUUUGAUCAUUUACUCAACAUGCUCCUCAUACUUUGCAUUCCUCGUCUGUUUCAUGAUCAUUGUCUGGAUUUCUUUAUCAUUGGCUGGAGUGUACUCUUGGUGCAGUACAAUCGUCAAGCUUUUUUGCUGGUGUCACACAUUCCCUGUUUGACUUUUGAGCUCUAAGAUGUACUUGUGACAUGCUGCUAACAGCUAUGAAAACUGUAGUACUUCUUAAUAAACUAUACUUAACCAGUUACUAAAUAUUUUUGAAAAAAACUCCUGGUAUUGUUUUUUUUAAAUUAUUAUGUAGAUCAUAACUCAGCUGCACAGUUGCAGUGAUGGGAUUAGCAUUAAUUUCUGACUGGUUCUUUUCCUUAUAGGUAAAUAUUUUUCUUGCUGCAGUGGUACUUGCACCUUCCAUGUUACUUUGAGUGUAAAGUAAGAUUCUUCAGUAAAAUUAGAAUGAGUGUAUUUAUGUGUAUACCAGAGUAGCAAUUAAAAAAGCUGUGGAACUGGUAAAGAGUGUGUGUGUAGAUAUAUAGAGUGAUUUGCUUGAAAUCCUUCUGUUGUGUAAUGGAACAUGUAAGAUUUCAGAUAGUGGUGUAAAGGUAAAACAUAUUUGAUAGCAUAGCAAAUGAGUAAGUGGACUCCUAGGUAUGAAAGGGGAAGUACACUAUCCUGACUGUCAGAAGAUCAAGCUUGUCAAACCGAAAGGAUGUGUGCUGUCACUCUGCCCAGGUUUUGGGAACACACUGUGCAUUUGAAACCAGAAGAGCCUGUUGUGGUACACUGUAUUAAAAUGGGGAUUGUGACAAAAUCCCAUAAUUAAACUUAACAUUCCCAGUGAAAUAUUUGAAGUAUUUAUAAACUGGAAUAAAAAUGUAGAUUUUAAAAUACCUGAGAUCUGGUUACAGUAUUGUACACUAAUUUAUAUGCUGGAAUAACCAGACAGAAUGGAUCUUUUUGUCAUCUUUUUUUAUCUAGAUAACUUUAUAUUGAAAGAAUUUUAAAUUGCAGUAAAAAGGUACAAAAAUGAAUAUGUAAAAACUGGACACUGCAAUGGAAGAAACAGACAAACCAUGUACAGUAUUUACAUGAAGUAUAGUAUUUUAUUUGACAGUGUAAGAAAAUAAACUUCUAUUGAGAGAGAA